ACUUAUAUUUGCGCGUGUUUUAAUAUAUAUGAUGAAUAUUCACUGCUGCCCUAAGUGGACAUCAGUUGGAGCCAAGAAACUAAUCUGUCUUUUGCUGUGCAUAUCAGUAGCUUGCUUGAUCACUUAUCGAGUACAUGUUUGGUUGAAGCAUUACGACAGUUUGGCAUCAAAAAUGAUUAUUUCAGCUUAUGAGGAUCAUCAAAGUAAUUUGCCAUUUCCUUUGAUCAGUAUCUGUAAUAUUAAUCCAGCAAGGGGAACUAAACUGUACAAUAUUCAGUCAGCUGAGUCUCAGGAUCGUGGUGUUGAUUAUGAAAUUUUCUCGGAUGCUUUUCAAGGACGUUCAAGUGAAAACCUCCCGGAAAGCAAACUUAAAGUGCCAAUUUUCAAGCUCAUGGAGAAAGCAUCUCAUCAGAUAGAUCAAAUGUUAAGAAGCUGUAAAGUUGGUCAAAGACAUUGUUCCGUACUGAAUUUUACAAAGAGCAUUCUACCGAAUGGCGCUUGUUAUACGCUAGCUGGCGAUUUAACCGGCAUAGACGAAAUUCAAUUAGUGUUAGAUCCACAAAGUUACGAUUAUUUGGUACCGAAUCAAGGAUUUAUUGGCUUUCGCAUUUUACUACAUGGAUAUGGUGAUUCCUUAUGGGCACUAAUACCAACUGCUGUUUAUGCUGGUCCAACAUUUCAUACUAUGUUACGUGCAGUUGGCCUUAAAAAGAUUUAUAAACAACAUUGUACAAGUCAAUCAAUCUGGGCUAGCUGUAUGCAUGAUUGCAUGCAAGAAAUGUUAUUAGAAAAAUGUCAUUGUCAAUUGCCAGAUUGUACUGUUUUUGAAAUGAUGAAAUGUGGAUUAACUAUGAAUUCAAUGAUCGAAUCUCUAUCACCAGUUCAGUGUCGAUGUCAUAAUCCCUGUGAAGCGAUAUCUUAUUCGGUAGAAUCCAUAACCCAAGCAUUAAAAUCCCCAUUAUUAUUUACACAUUCUCUAAGUCUAUUUACUAAAAUAAAUCAAACCAACUUUCACUCAAACAAUAAUUUUCAACUACUUACUGAUCAACAACAAUUUAAUAACAAAAUUAUAUCGAAAAACCAAAAACUGACAACUGUUUCUGAUGACAUUAGUGAUUAUGAUCCUAAUAACAAUAAUCAUAAAAACUCUAAAGAAUUGAAUAUAAAUCAAUCGGAACAAUUUCUGCAUAUUUACAGAAAAGAGAUUUGGGAUGGCUUACUCCUUCAAACAUGGGCAUUUCUACGCGAAGCUAAUCGUACAGCAUUUGAACAGUUAAGACAACUUUCUCGCCUUUUACAAAGUUUAAAUUUGGAUUUACAGACAGUAGAACGUACAGUUUAUAAAGUUCAUAGAAAACACAGAUUCAAUUUAGAAGCUACUGACCUAAUGCUUUGGGAUAGCGAACGUCUAUCAACAAAUAAACAUCCUUCAGAUCAAUCUAACGGAUUAUGUAUGGAUAGUGAAGAACAUUCUCGUAUGCUAGAAAGGGUUAGCCGUUUAGGAAAGGAAUUUGUCCGCCUUUUUAGACAAAGCAUUUUGUUUCGAGAUAUAACAUUAGUCCCAGGACUAGAUUUUCACAUUCAUCUUGUUCGUCUGUUUUUUUUAAACGUCGUCGAUGAGUUGGAUCGUCUCGCUAAUCAAUUAUUACACAACGACCUGUUUUCUGAUGUGACAAUGCUUGAUUUACAACGUAAAACAAAUCAGUGCAAGCAAACUAACAAUAAAUUAAUAUACAACGAUACUAGAUGGGAAAAUCAGUUAGAACAAUCACAGUUAAUUGUUGCCAGUGAAGAUAUAGCCAGUCUUCAAGCUGUUCUUCUAGCUACCGAUUCGCAGUUCAAACAAUUAAGAACGGUGUUUUCUAAAUUAGUUUUGGAUAACCGUGAAUUAAUUGAAACUAUCCCAAUUAAGCGGGCUAGUUUAAACACUAAACCAGAUAGCUUGAUCAGCACCGAAGAAGGAUUAGUCAGUGUUACAAUACAGCUGACAAGGGAUAAAAAUCGUCUUAUACGUUUGGAAUCAGUACAGGCAAUUUAUAGUCCAAUCGCUGAACUAUUGGAUCUAAUAGUAUCUGGUCUAUUGCUUGCAUUUCUAUCUAUCUUCCUAUUAAAUAUUUGUGUUUCACACCCAAACAAUUCAGAUUCGUGUUAUUAUGAAUGCUGUUGCUGUUGUUCCACUCUCGUAAAUAAAUCUACUAAUUCUAAAUCAUGUGAAUCACCGAAAUUGGUUACUCAUACCACUUUACCUACAGCUUCAUAUAUUAAUUGUAAUACAGAUAGUGGAAGUUCUAAUAAACGUCUGCCAAAACUCAAUACUAUCUCAUAUAGAAAUUACAGUGACUUAAUACCAACCGAUAUUUUACAGAAAAAACCCACAGUGAAUUCAGUUUAUUUGUUUGAUUCACAUCAACAAGAUGGAGUCCCGAUUUCAAAUAAAUGUCUAAUAACAGGAUUACCAAUUACCAGUAAUAAGCCAUGUGCAAAAGGUUUUGGAGAGAAUUGUCGACAUAAUUUCAAUAUGUGUCCAAAUGAAUCAACACAAUAUAUAACACACAAUUUACCUACUUUACCGGGAUCUUCAGUGACAUUACCGAAAUGGGACAAUAAAGUUCUUCAAAUUGAUGUGGAUGGUUUUAACUGCAUGGAUGUAUCUGAGCAUUCUACCACUGAGUGUGAAGGUGAACAAUCACAUGCGAACACAAGCAUUCCACUUCUGACCGGUGUUACAUCUGGAAACAGUAAUCAAGGUUUGUUCGUUUAGUGAAAAUAAAGUUCAAUCUCAACUGUAUUCUUGAAAAUACAGAAGUGACCUUUAUUUUAAUUUUCAGAAGUAGUUUAUUUCCAAAUAGAUGAAGAAAUCUUCUAAGAAAAAAAAGAAUCAGUUAGCAGCACAGAUUAUUAAAUGUGAAGUGGAAUUUAAGAUAUUUGCUCAAAAUGCUCAUUUUAAAAACGGGAGAUCAACAUUAUUCAUGUCAUCAACAACAAUCACUUCCACGACAACAACAACAACAACAGCUAAAUCAUCAACAAAACGGUGUCAACGAAUCCUGUAUUAGUUUUUGUGAUUGUUUGUAUUCCAUAGAAGAUAAUACAAAAACAGAUUCUGCAUCGUGUUUAAAUUCAAGUAAACUUUUAUUUUGUAAUAACCAUUCAAACACUAUGAGAAAUUGUUCUUCUAUUAGAAAACCAACUGAUAUUAAUUAUAGUAAAAAUGAAAUGUUAAAUUGUUUAAUAGUAACACCACAACUACAGCAUACAACAUUUAAUGAAGUUACACCAAAUAUUGUAACAACACAUCAGUUACCAUUCAGUGUUGAUUUACUUCAGUCGUCGCAAUUAAUAGACGAUAAGGCAACACUACCAGUAAACACAUCACAUUAAGAUAGACUGUCUUAGGGAGUACAAAUAUAAUCGGUAUAUCAGAGUUAUGUAUUAGGCACAGUUUUAAUAACAGAUCAGAAUAAUAUUCAUGAUUGUCAAUGUGCAUAAUGUAUAAUCAUGAAAUUCAACUUUAUUCAUUUUUCAUUUCUUGAAAGUAUCCCAUUUUAUGUAUCACGGAAAUGUAAUUACUCAAUAAAGCAUUUGAUGUAGAUUUAUUAUUCAACUUGUCAUUUGUAUUUUGGAUUCAUACAUUCCCUUCACUAUGCACUCAUCAACACAUUAAAGCACAUAGUUAUUCUAAAGCACUUGUUAAUUCUCUAAAUAAACAUUCUGUCAAAAAAAACUAAUCAGUAUGAACACCUUUUUUGAUAGUAAGUGAAAUAAAAAACUUUCAUUUUGUCUUUCACACAAUGACACGAUAUACACUCCUUGUUCAUAAUUUUACGUCAAUGUUUCACUUCAUCUUACUAAUUUUUUUUUACAAAAAAAAAUGAUUUAUUGAAUGUUUUUUAUUUGUAGAUUUUAAAUUAACUAUUCAUUUCCAUUGUAAAAUUCUAUAGAAUGAUAUUUCUAACAUUAUUAAUAAUAUUAAUGUAAUAGACCAACAUUAUUGUGAAACCUGAUAGUGAAAUACAAUUAAAUUUUCAUAAUAUGUCUAACUUUCAUAUAAUUCCGCAUGAUAUAAUUAAGUUUACCAAUUAUUCAACUAGUAAUAGAAAAACUUGGAUUAAUGAAGAAAAUUUCUCUGAUGCUAAAUAGAAAUAACUUAUCGUCAAUAACAUAUGUUCUAAUUACUUUUAACACAUAAAAUUGAAGAGGUGGGUUUGGUUAGCAAUGCUAGAUUCAACUGCCAGUCAUAGUAAAUCUCUUCUAUUGAACUUGGGAUAAAAUGAGUGUAUUGAGGAGAUCCACAAAGAAUGAAGGUUUUCCGACUAUGACCAAAAUUCAACCAAGAAUAUUAACAACAGGAUAACCCAAACCCCUACAAAUUAGAAUAAUAUGCUAAAAUUACAGAAGUAGAAAGAAUUUCGGAAAGGAAACAAGCUUUAGUUAAUAUAUUGGUAAACAUUACAGUCACCAUACUGGAAGAAUCAUAGUAAUAGUGUAGACAAAUGAGUAUGGAAAAUGUAAAAAUCCAAGUUCUUUAGAAAGAAGAAGUUUAGAAGUUUUACCAUUUAAUCACGAAAUAAUUUUAUUGGAAAUCAUAUUUAAUCCUUAAAAUAUCCAAUAAAUU